AUGUCUGUCUCGAGAUGUUUCAGAUGCGCUGCUGAUGCUGUGCAACCAGUCACGAAACUCAAUCUACAGACAAGACCACUUCUACAAACCAGAUUCUAUGCAAGCUUACCAGACGAACCAAAACACCACGGUCAUGCCCCUAUCGGCUCCGAGCUCAAGACUGUCGGCAAAAAAGAAACAGCGAAUCCAGAAUCUCUAGAACAAAUACGGCACCGAUCAAGACGACCAUCACCUCCCAUCGCACCCCAACAAAAUGGUGAACUAUCAUCAAUAGACGAAGCCGACCUCGGUGACGAUGGGCCCGAAAAACCAAUACCACCAAACGUGGCAGCCGCAUAUAGAACACCUUACAAACACAUUGCCGAACAUGGUGUGCCAGUAGCACAACUCCAGCUUCGCUCCUACUCUGUGCGCAACCUCGAAUUCUUUGCCGAUUUCGUAAUGCGGGUUGCAUAUUAUCUCAAGCUACCCGCGACCGGACCAGCGCCGUUACCGAAAAGGAUAGAGCGAUGGACAAUGCCGCGGUCAAAUUUCGUGCACAAAAAGAGCCAGGAGAACUUUGAAAGGAUAACACUGAAGAGACUGAUUACUGUCUACGACGGUCAUCCAGAUGUUGUUGAGAUAUGGCUCGCCUGUUUGAGGAAGUGGCAGUUUUAUGGCGUAGGUAUGAAGGCUAAUGUCUGGGCCUUCGAGGGAGUCGAUGUUGCAUCGAACAUGGACAGACAGCUUGAGGAAGUACAGAAGGAUCUGGAUGCCAAGUUGGCCAAUUUUGGUUGGAGACAAUAUGCUGCUGGUAAACAAUCAGUCGAGGAGAUGUUGCGAAGGCAAGGCGCAAGAAUUCCUGGUGCGACCAUGUCGUUGGUCCGAGACAAAAUCGCAGGUGUGAAGAACGUUGAUCUGUUCAAGCAUGUGACGGACGACAUGCAGAGGAGGAAGAUAUAA